AUGGUUUUAAUAAAUAGAGUUAAUAUACAACCAGAAGAACUACCAUUAUUAUAUCAUGUUAAUUCAAUGGAUGUUUAUAAUUUAUUACAAGAUAUAGGAUCUAGUAAGAUUAUAAUCGAUUUAAGAACUAAAGAACAAUAUGAAAAGAAUCAUAUUAGAACAUCUGUCAAUAUACCACCACCACCAUCAACAACACCACUCUAUGAAAAUGGUGAAAUUAAAGAAUUCAAUCUUAGUAAAUAUAUUGGGUCCAAUGUGACUGCAAAGCAUUGGAAUUUAAUAUUUCAAAAACUUAUAGUAUACAGCGACAAACCAUUCCUUUAUAAUAUUGAUGAAUUGGAGAAAACCAUAUCAACAACAACAAUUACUACUACUGCUACUACUACUACUACUACUACAACAACCUCAAAUAGUAUUGGUAGUGAUCAAGAUAUAAUCAAAUCUUUAAAGGUAUCGGAUUGGGAUAAAGUAGUACUUAGACAUUUCCUAUUAAAAAAAAAGAAAACUAAAGUUAUAAUUUAUCAAGGUGGUUUUGAUCAAUUUCAAAAAGAUUAUUCAUUCAUGUGUAAUCCUUCUUCUUCUCCUUCUUCAAGUAGUGGCGGUGGUGGUGGAUCACAAUUAUAUCCAUCAGAAAUUAUUAAAGAUUUUUUAUAUUUAGGUGGUGCUGAGAAUGCAGGUAAUAGACAACAAUUGAUAAAUUUAAAGAUAACUCAUUUAGUUAAUAUGGCAGGUGAAUUGGAUGAUGUUUAUCCUCACCUUUAUAAAUAUUAUAGAGCAAACUUGGACGACAGACCAAAAGCAAACAUUUACGAACACUUUGAACCAGUUAUUCAAUUCAUUAAUGAUUGUAAGAAACAAGGUGGUAGAGUUUUAAUACACUGCGCAAUGGGUAUUAGUAGAUCAACAACUGUGGUAUUAGCAUACUUAAUGAAAGAAGAUCAUAUGACCUAUUCAGAUGCUUUCACUUUUUGUAAACAAAAGAGAUCUUGUAUUAAUCCAAAUUUCGGUUUCGUUAAACAAUUAAAAGAUUAUCAACAACACUUAACUUUAGAAUGGGAAAAACAAGAAAAACUUAAAAAACAACAACAACAAACUUUAAAUAUUAAUAAUAAUAAUACUGGAAUCCCAUUAUCAAAGAAAUUACAAUUAGAUGUAUCUGAUCCACUUUCAAAUUCUUCACCUUCAUCACCUUUAAUCUCUUCAACUUUACCUAUACCUGAAACUCCACCUGCUAUUAUUUUAAAAAAUGAAGUUGCUUCACCAUGCCCAAUUAAAACAACAACAUCAUCAACAACAAUUAACAAUAAGGGACAACAACAAGAUAAAGCUCAAGAAGAAAAAGAUUCAAUAUUUAGUUAUGCUGAUAAACAAGAGAAAAUGACACAUCCAACUUUACAUUCACCAAUUGAAUUACCUCAAUCCUCACUGUAA